AUCACCAUUGAAUGUUUUAUAAGAUGGAUCACCAUUGAUAAGCCUUCCUUGAGAAAUGGAACACCAUCAAAUAUAUAGAAGAACAAAUGUUUUAUAAGAUGACGUUGUUUGACAAGAAAGGAGAAUAAUUUAGUAAGAAAUGGCGAGCAGACAGGAUGAGGAAUUCAGUGUGAGAGCCGGCCAAAUCGUGGGCCAAGCACAUGUGAAGAGGGCUGAAUGCAAAGCAGACAACACCAACUCUUCUCAAGCAUCUAGCUUUCUCCAGGAGAAAGGAGAGCAAGUGAAGAACAUGGCACAAGAAGCAUCAGAGGCAGUGAAGAACAAAUUGGGGAUGAACAAUGACAACAAGAACAAUGAGUAUAAGAACAAGAACCCUUUGGACAAUAAGAAUCCUAACAAAACAACCUGUCCAAGCAUGCCUGGGCAUCCUCCUGCCGAUAUUUAACUUCUUUUCAACAAAACUCAUAGUUUAUCAUUAACCCUUUAUAAUUCAACUAAUAAUUUUCUGUAAUAAUAAGGCAUAUUACACAAUGUAUCCAAGCCAACACAUGUUCAACUUAUUUGGCUUUUAGACAUGUUCACACUUGUGUUGGACCCCAACAAAUAAAAAGACUAUGGUUUCACUUUU